UCUAGUGAAAUAUAUCUGAAAUUACAGCAUGAAAUAUGCAUCUUGCUGUAUCCUUUGUUUGUGUUCUUACUACAACCACCCUUCUUUGUUUGCCGUUCGUUGCUCAGCAGCUGAAGUCAAGUUCCAGUCUGUAUCGCUCCUUCUCCACGACCCUAUUUGAGAUCGUGGUGCCAACACUAGAGGAAGAAGUUCUUCAGCAGACAACAGGAGGGUAGAAGCCAUAACAUUAAAUGUAGCCCAUAUUACAAUCUUGAUGUCAGGUCAGAUCUUGGGAGUAGGCUAGAAAAAGCUUUGACAAUGGUAGCGUCUCAUCAUCGUCUGCACCAAGGGAACAGAUUAA